AUGUUCAGCCUACCCACCUUCCUUACAACCAUUCUCGGCCUCUGCGCCAUCCUUUCCAACGCCCAAACACCCCCAGGCUACUCACCCGCCAGCAACACCCACCUAAUCGCCUCAUUCGGCGCUCUGCUCAUCUCCCCACCUGGCCUCCACAUCCCCUUAAACGGUACAACCCCCAUUAUCACAUUCCAGUUUCAAAGCCUAACCCGCCGCACAGCCACCAAAAUCCAGCCCUCCAUCCACCUCCCCCCCAAAUCCAACGCCACCGCCAAAUCUCUGCUCCUGAUGCUCGACCUCGACGCCCCCUACUCCUCCCUCAACCGCUCCCUAGCGCCCUACCUCCACUGGCUGCAGCCCGACCUCUCGCUCGCCGCCACCGACUCAUCCACGCCCGCCGUCGCGCCCUACGUCGCGCCCGCGCCACCCCCGGGGAGUCCGGAGCACCGCUACGUGCUCUUCGCGUUUUCGCAGCCUCCUUCAUCUGCACCGUUUGUGAUGCCGGAGGGGUAUGAGGGAUAUGGCAAGGGGGAGGGCUUGGCGAGUAAUCGCACGAUCUUUGAUCUUGCGGGGUUUGCGCAGGCGGCGGGGUUGGGGGAGCCGGUCGCGGCAGAUUGGUUUAAGGUGGCGCCGGAGGUGCGGAAUGCGACGGGUGUGGAGUUUCAGGGGGGUUCUGGGAGGGCUGGGGGAGGGAUGUGGGUUGGGAUGGUGGGUGCCGCGGUGGUGGUUGGGUUUAUGGGGUUGUGA